GAGGAGAGGAGAGGAGAGCGGCGACUUUUGGCUGUUGUGGAUAGUGUGGCAUCUUACGCAACCAAGACAAUGAGUGAACUGGAACAGCUGCGGCAAGAGGCCGAGCAACUGCGUAACCAGAUCAGGGACGCGAGGAAAGCAUGUGCUGACUCUACCCUUGGUCAGAUGACAGCUGGUCUGGAUUCAUUGGGACGAAUCCAACUACGUACUAGGCGUACACUGAGGGGACAUUUGGCUAAAAUCUAUGCCAUGCACUGGGGAACAGACUCCAGACUUUUAGUCAGCGCUUCUCAAGAUGGAAAGUUAAUCAUCUGGGAUAGUUACACAACAAAUAAAAUGCACGCUAUCCCAUUGCGAUCGUCCUGGGUUAUGACCUGUUCAUAUGCUCCGUCUGGGAACUACGUAGCCUGUGGUGGUUUGGACAACAUCUGCUCAAUAUAUAGCUUGAAAACUAGAGAGGGAAACGUUCGAGUGAGCAGGGAAUUGCCUGGACACACAGGAUACUUGUCAUGCUGCCGUUUUCUGGACGACAACCAGAUUGUAACCAGUUCAGGAGAUACGAGUUGUGCUCUCUGGGAUAUUGAAACAGGUCAUCAAACGACUUCGUUCACUGGCCAUUCUGGGGAUGUCAUGAGCCUGACUCUCAGCCCUGACACAAGGACAUUUGUUUCUGGUGCUUGUGAUGCUUCUGCCAAACUGUGGGACAUUAGAGACGGCAUGUGCCGGCAGUCCUUCAUUGGCCACGUGUCUGAUAUUAACGCAGUCUGUUUCUUCCCUAAUGGAAAUGCAUUUGCUACUGGGUCGGAUGAUGCCACUUGUCGGUUGUUUGAUCUCCGAGCAGAUCAGGAGCUGAUGAUGUAUUCUCAUGAUAACAUUAUUUGUGGCAUCACAUCCGUUGCAUUUUCUAAAAGUGGUCGCCUCCUGUUGGCCGGCUAUGAUGACUUUAACUGCAAUGCCUGGGACUCUUUGAAGGGAGAUCGUGCAGGAGUGCUUCCGGGACACGACAAUCGUGUCAGCUGUUUAGGCAUCACUGACGAUGGAAUGGCCGUAGCAACAGGAUCAUGGGACAGUUUCCUGAAAAUCUGGAAUUAAAGCUAUGUCAUCUGCUCACCGAUCACUGAGACUGGGAAUUUCUGCUGUAACCAGCAGCGAUGAAAUCAUUCUUUUUACCUAGUAGUUGCAGGUGACAUUUUUUUCUAUCCAUUGAAUACAAUUGUAUAACACAAGGCUUCUGAAAGUAGGCAAAUUAAUGAAGAGGCAAAAAAAAAAACCUGACAACUGCUGACUUUUGAAAGGGACUAGCACAUGUAACCAUGGUGACUAGAAAAAAAUGCUUGAAACUAAUCAUUUUUUUGUUUGCUGUUUGGUUUAGAUUAAUGCCUCAGAAUUGUUCAGGUUUUUUUUGCUUAUGCUAAAGUCUGCUAAUCUGUAUUGUUUUGUAUAUACAGAAUGUACACCUAGCAGUUAAUCAUGUAACAUUUUGUCUGUAAAAACAUUAUGCAUUUUUUUAAAAAAAACUUAAGUUUCUAGCUUGUAUUUAUCAGAAAAGUCAUACUUUGAAUUUAGUGGUGGAUAAUUUGAUUGCCUUUUUUUUCCUCUUGUGAAUUAACUUACUGUGAAAUUUAGCCUUGGUCUGUGUGUGUGUGUGUGUGUGUGCGUGUGCUCUUGAUAAUGUUUAAGGUUUUUGCAGCAGUUUUUAUCAAACAAACAUUCCAUCUGUGUAUGCUUCCUUUACUUUUACGGAUGCAUUUGCAGUGUGCACUGUUUUAACCAUUUACAUAAAUGUAUAGAAAGUGUGAUAAGUCAGUCACAAAACUGAAUGCUGUUGCACAUUGACUAAAACUGCAUGUUUAUCAGCCCUUUAAUAUCAGGCUAACACAUGGCACAUUUGCAAUGGUUUGCAUUAAUAGGCAUUACCCAACUUCCUUUCUCACACCCACUCCAGUUUCUCCUCUCCUGUUGUGAAGGUUGUGACUGCCAGUAGUCUCCAGGUUCUUUGGCAAGAGGCCAUUCUUGGUGACUGAUUUUCCGGAUGGACAGUGAAUGCGACAGGUUAUUUUGACUGAGGGAGGGAUGGCUUUACCUGAUGUUCACACGUGCACUUUCCAGUGUGGAUUUCUCAUAGGGUGAUGAGCAUUGGCUUCCUCCCUCUCCCACUCUCUUCCCCACCUGGAUGUUGGGGCUAACACCACUACUCCACUGCUUCUCUGAUUGAAAUCAUAACAGACCAGGAAUUGAACCUGGAAUUUUCCUGGUCCGUAUGGUUCAAUAUAAGCACAGCAUUCACCUACAGCAGCACCAGGCAGCCUUGCUUUUCCUCAAUUUUACAAACCACAAAGCUAGAGACUAUUGUGUCACCAGUGUGUACUUUAACACUGAAAUUGUCACUUGUAGUAAAGCAGCUGUUUAAAUGAAUGUAUAAAAUGGCCUUUCUAUAAUAUUGUAAUUGAUGACGUAGGUAGAAAUCACAAGUUGGAAAUGUGAAUUAUGAAAUUGAGUCAUGGAUUUAUAAAUUAAAAUUGUGCUCCACAGCAAUACAUUCAAUAGCAACUGCACUUACUUCACUAUUGGCAAUUAAAAUCCAAAUUGGGAUUUGGUUCCUCUACCCCCCCCCCCCCCCGAGACCAGUUGCUACAGCUCAAGCUGCCUGUUACUGAAGUUCUGGUUAUUGUACAAACCUGCUGAUUUAGUACAAAAUAUCAUGAAUGCUCCUCAGUAAAGUUUUGACAAGUCAUAAAUCUAAUGAUCCCCAAUCCUCAAUUACAGUAUCGAUGUGCCAACAUUAGCAAAUUGUGUACAUUUUAAAGAGCACAACUUUGACAUUAGCAUUGUUUAAAGCCCUGAAUACCAAUAGAAACACUACAUGCUUAGGCUGAAUUGUAAGCUUUUUCUCCCUGCCCUGUUGUAUUGCAGGAAUGAUAGCUUUUUUUAAAAAAAAUGUGACUGGUUCAAGCCCUGGAUUUUAAGGAACUAUUUGUGCAGCUCCUUGAGGUCAGACAGAUUUUCAUCUGGAGUUUUUAACAAGAACUUUUAGCUUUGAUUUAAUUUAUUGGUUUAAGAUCCUUCAAGUGACCCUUUGUCUUAAAUUGUUCAUUUCUAUAGACCUGGUAUAAACAUUUUAUACACAUGCAUUUAACUCUUUCCAGGUGCAUUGCUGCAAAUGGUGGUGAUGUAAAGAGCAAAAUGGAUGAUCAUGAAAGGGUUACUAUGUAAUCAGCUUGGCCAAACGUUUACAGAAAUUGCUUGAACAUUUUUAUAUUUUGCAAUGGCCUUCAAUUACAAUUAAUGUGCCAUAAGUAAAUAGUUGGAAGUUGAGAAUGCUGAUUCAGAUUAAGGUGUUGAUUUGUUCUAUAUAUUCAUUUGUUUUACAGUGAAUCACAAAUACCAAACCAGUUGUACAUUUUAGAAAAUAAUUAUCCUUAAUGUGUAAACUGUGGUGCAUUCAGAAGCAACGACUAAAAAAAACAGUGGAAUACAAUGCCUCUAAAAAUGUUCUCUUAAACUGCCCCAAAUUGGUACAUUUUAUGAAAUAUUCUGUGAAAGCAUCUUUCACCCAAUGGCCAGUAUUUGAGGUUUGGUUCAGAAAUGUAGAUUUGGCCAAAAUCUUGCUUCAGUAUUAAGAUUUUGAAUGUAAUUCAAGCCAGUAAGUAAGAUUUAUAUAUUUAAUUAAGAUGACCUCUAAUGAAGUGAAAGUAUUCACAUAACCUUUGAAGCUGACUUAAAUUUCUUUCCUUAAAUCUCUUAGUACAGGGGUAGGAAUUGCAGAAAAUCUGUAUUUGAAGGAAAAAAAACAAUGUUAAUGCUGUAACCUAAUACAAAGUUGCCUUGAGUCUGGGCAUGGACAGUUGUUUAAUUGCAAAUGUAUUUGGCAGAAUAGAAAUGGUGUAUAAUUUAAGAAAAAUCAGUGUUAAUACAAUUGCAUAACUAGUGUGUAUCCAAUACGCUUCCUGCAAUGGGCAUCACUAGUUAGUAAUUCUGAAACUGCCGUUAAUUGUGUACCUAUUAAAAUGAAGUUAAUUUCAAAGGCCAAUACAAGACAUGUGCCAUGCAUUUCCUCCUACAUUGCUACUGUAUAAUAUCUGAAAUGACCUCCACUUGCUCUUUCAUUAGUCUGUUUUCACAUAACUUUUCUUUGUAUUUGUACAGUGGCUUCAGUGAAACUGAUGUUGCCAUAUUUUGGUUGUAACCAAUAAAUGCUUUUAACCAAGA